CCAAACUAUGCAAAGCAAAUGAGAAAUUCAUUCAUGAUCUUGGCCUAUAAAAAGGGCUUGACUUCAAUAUCAACCUCAAAAGAAUUUCUCCCUUUGAAUUUGCAGACUAACUCGCUGAAUUGGUAAGGAAGAAACCCUAGAAACUUUAUUAUCGUAGAAAAUGGGGCGGGGGAAGAUCGUGAUUCAGCGGAUCGAUAACUCUACCAGCAGGCAAGUCACGUUUUCUAAGAGGAGAAGCGGAUUGCUGAAGAAGGCUAAGGAACUUGCCAUUCUUUGUGAUGCACAACUUGGACUUAUCAUAUUCUCCAGCACUGGCAAACUCUAUGAAUUUUCAAACACCAGCAUGAAAUCGGUUAUAGAGCGUUACACUAAGGCAAAAGAGGAUCAACAACAGCUGCUCAAUCCGGGAUCCGAGAUCAAGUUUUGGCAAAGGGAAGCAGCAGCCCUAAGGCAACAGCUGCGGGAUCUGCAGGAAAAUCACCGGAAAUUGAUGGGGGAAGAGCUUUAUGGACUGAGCGUCAAGGAUCUACAAAGCCUAGAAGAGCAACUAGAGUUGAGUUUGCGAGGCGUACGUAUGAAAAAGGAGCAGAUAUUAAGUGAGGAGAUUCAACAGCUAAGACGAAAGGGACAUCUGAUCCAUGAAGAAAACGUUGAGCUGUAUAAGAGGGUCAAACUGAUUGAACAACAAAACAAGGCAUUGUAUACAAAGGCUUACGGUGCAGAAAACCAAAGCCCCUUUGAGCUUCCAAGUGGUUUCGCCAUAAGCUACGCACCCAUACAGCUUCAACUAAGCCAGCCUCAACCACAAUCCAUGGAAACUACUCCACCCACAAGGAGAUAGCAGUCAGCUGACAUAGUGGGACGUGGGCUGCAUGCAUUUAAAGAGUUAAUUGGACAAAAAAAUACUUUAAAACGAAUACUGUUUAAUUUAUUAUUGAAAUGGUUGUAUGGUUGGUAAUCAAAGCUCCCACCUUUUGAUUGUUGGUGCUUAAUUACGCAGGACUUCACAAAUCAUAUGAGAAAUGAAGUAGAGCAGUUUAUAUAUA